AAUCAACGUGUUUCAUUCGAUGUGCUACUUUACUCUCCAGGGCUGCGGCUGACAACAUGUUGGUCUCCUCGUGUUCCUCUUUUCCUUAUGUAUGAAGGCAAUUACUUCUUGACAUCUUUCCUCUUUGUGUUUGUAAGUGUGUAUCGGCAUAUGGGCCAAAGUAAUGACAAUUUUGAAGUUAACCUAUAUAAGUCUCUCAUUCAUUCUUCCCGAAAGCACUGCAGUAUGUGUAUGUCGUUGUCCAUGGUGCUGAAACAAGCGCCACAACGUGUUGUGUGCAAAACUGAAAUCACAUCUACUCCUAAUAGUGCAUAUACUGUACGUUUUCCUGGUACUACCCAACAUAUUUGCUGGAUUUUUAUUUCAAUUAUUUAUAUUUAUUGGUAAGUGAUGUAUACCAGAUUCUACCUCAUUUAAAUAAGAUGUAUCUCUGAAUAAUUUGAUUACCUUCAUUUAUAGAUUUGAAAAGAAACAGAGAAAGGCAGGGUUGUUGGUUUGCAUUAUUUUUACAUUGAUCCUACUUUUGUACAAACGAAUCUGUGAAUAAGUAAAUAAGGGAAUUGGACAGUUUCUCUUGGUGUUUUUCUUUUAUUUGUGACUUAUUAGCUGUAUGUUUACUUGAGAGUUCAGAAGACUGUAGGUGAUUAAUCUGUUUUUAGUGGUGAAUGUAGUUAUUUCAAACGACCACACGGGGACAUUGUAGACCAUCACAUUUUGAUGUUCAUCUUGGUUGCGUCAGGCUCCUCCCAGGUUCAGAGGAUGAUGAUGUUUCUCGGGGCUUUGUUACAAAGAGACGCAGUGAAAGAAUGGAUCGUGUGGCCAUCAUUUCACCAUAAGCAAGCAAGGAAGCUGGAUUGUGGCACUUAGCUUUCAUUCGGAGUUAUAAAAGGGGAUUUUGGAGACUAGAAUCCACAUGCUCUGUUCACACUGGAUCAAAAUAUGUCGACGCGGAGGAUACGGAGCCCUUUUGGGAUUUACAUAGUCCUUGUUCUUAUGGAUUGUUGCUGGAAAGCGGUGUCUGGGCAGCUCUCUUACUCCGUCUCAGAGGAGGUAAACCCGGGGACUUCUGUGGGAAAUCUCGCUAAAGAUCUAAACCUUAACGUCCACGAUUUGGAGGCGCGUAUGUUUCAGAUCGUUGCUGGAUCGAAAAGAAAAUAUUUCGAUGUAAAUCUGAAAACUGGUUUUCUUUAUGUCAAUGAAAGAAUCGACCGCGAGGAGCUUUGUGCGAAGGCGACAAAAUGUACUGUCAAUGUUGAGGCCGUGAUCAACAACCCACUGAAGCUUUACCGUUUGGAGGUAAACAUAGUCGAUAUAAAUGAUAAUGCGCCAUAUUUCACUGAGGAUUUGCAGUCUCUUAACAUUGCUGAAAGUACUGUGCCGGGAGGGAAAUUUGGAUUCAUAGGGGCGUCGGAUCUCGAUGUUGGUAAGAAUAGUGUUAGUACAUACAAGAUAAGUCCAAAUGAUUAUUUCUCUUUAGAGGUUCACAAAGGGGGAGAGAGUGUGUCUGCCCAGCUUGUGCUUCAGAAAGCUUUAGAUAGAGAAAAACAAGAUACUGUGAGACUUGUAGUGACUGCUGUCGACGGUGGAAUUCCACCCAAAUCAGGAACGUCUCAAAUCAUUAUAAAUGUUUUAGAUAAUAACGAUAAUGCUCCGGUUUUCAGCAGCUCCUUAUAUAAAGCACGGAUUUCUGAGAACCUAGCAGUAGGCAAAACUGUUAUUGUUCUGAAUGCGACAGACACAGACGAGGGAUUAAAUGCUGAAAUAGAAUAUUCAUUGAGAAGUAAAGGUCAGGAUCAUGUUUUAGAUUUAUUUCAAAUCGAUUCUAAAACAGGUGCAAUUAUAGUCAGAGGUCAGAUAGACUACGAAGAACACCCUGCGUUUGAGAUUCAUGCACAGGCCAGUGAUAAAGGGCAGCCCCCAAUGUCUGCAGAUUGUAAGGUGCUGGUAGAAGUGGUGGACCUGAAUGACAACGCACCUGAGAUCACUGUGACGUCACUACUGAAUACAGUGAAGGAGGAUGCAGAAGUAGGUACUGCUAUAGCACUUGUCUCUGUGUUGGACAAAGAUGGAGGGAAAAACGGUGUAGUAAAAGCUGUCAUUCUAAAUGAUGCUCCAUUUAAAUUGGACACAAAUUAUAAAAACUAUUAUUCGUUAGUAGUUGAUGGUCCUCUUGACAGAGAGACUCAGACCGACUACAAUGUCACUAUCAUAGCGACAGAUGAAGGGACUCCACCUCUCUCCAGCACCAACAUAGUGACAGUUCAUGUUUCUGAUGUCAAUGAUAACCCGCCUCGCUUCUCGGAGCCGCUGAUUAAUGUUUAUGUGAAAGAGAACAGUCCAGUAGGAGCAGUUAUUAAAACAGUGACUGCAGUUGAUGCUGAUAUCAGUCAAAACGGUCAGGUGAGCUAUUCUUUUUUACAAAGUAACACUAACUCAGUCCCCGUGUCUACAAUGGUUAACAUCAACUCAGAGACUGGAGAUAUAGUCAGCCUGCAGUCUUUUAACUAUGAGGAGUUAAAAAACUUUCAGUUUAAAGUUCAGGCCACAGACUCUGGUGUUCCUCCGCUCAGCAGCAACGUGACUGUGAACGUUUUAAUCCUGGAUGAAAACGACAAUAAUCCAAAUAUUCUGGCGCCCUAUUCUGAGCACGGCUCCGUUAACAGUGAGAGCAUCCCCUAUUCUGCUGAAGCGGGAUACUUUGUGGCAAAGAUCAGGGCUGUAGACGCAGACUCUGGAUACAACGCGCUGCUUUCUUAUCACCUCUCUGAGCCCAAAGGAAACAACCUCUUCCGGAUCGGAACCAGCACCGGAGAAAUCAGGACUAAGAGGAGAAUGAGUGACAAUGACCUGAAAACUCACCCCUUGGUGGUGUUGGUUUCUGAUAACGGAGAACCCUCCCUGUCAGCUACUGUGUCUAUUGAUGUGGUGGUGGUUGAAAGCACAGCUGACAUCCAGACUCCGUUCAGACAUGUGCCCAUAAAGGAGGAGAGCUUCUCUGAUUUAAACCUGUAUCUGCUGAUCUCCAUUGUGUCGGUGUCAGUGAUCUUUCUGCUGAGCCUCAUCAGUUUAAUAGCUGUCAAAUGCCACAGGACAGACGGCAGUUUCAGCAGGUACAGCGCCCCAAUGAUCACCACCCACCCUGACGGGAGCUGGUCUUACUCCAAAUCUACUCAGCAAUAUGACGUGUGUUUCAGCUCAGACACACUGAAGAGUGACGUAGUGGUUUUCCCCGCACCGUAUCCACCUGUAGAUGGUGAACUGAUCAGUAUUAACGGAGGAGACACUUUUACCAGAACUCAGACUUUACCCAACAAAGACAAGGUAAGACAAGUGCAAAAAAGCCAUAUGUAUCCAUGUAUUCCCGAGUCUAAAAGUGUUUUGGCUGUCGAUUUGUGAUGAAAAGUACAGUACAUGAGCCAGAGUAAUGGUAGUAUUUGAAGUUCACAAUAUUCUCACACUAUACACAAAGUGUAUGUUGCUGUCCAUGGUUCUGAAAUAAGCACCACAGUGGGAUGUGUGGGGUCUGGAGAGUGCAACGCGGAUAAUGUAUCUA